UGUCUGCUUGCCUCGCUGCUCGUAUACGCAUGUCUGUUUAUUUUUGGCCACAAAAGCUACAAUAAGGACUUGCCUGCUUGAAAACCUUAAGCGUCGCUCCGCUCUCUUCAUCAUGUUGUUAUUACAGUUUUAAGCUCGCUUGUGUCUUUUUUUUUUUUUUCAUGCUGAAGCGUUUGGGUUGACUGUCUGGUACCGGGAGAGGAGGAGGAGGACUCCUCUGCCAGAGAGAAAAACUGAGCAGAAAAAGAGAAGUAUGCAACAUUGGACUGCUGCUCUGGUUGUUUCUGCACUGAUGAGGUGAUUUAAAUUGUGUGGACUGCGGGAAUACAACACAUUUAAGCUUUUGUUCUCUUCGAUGCACGGCUACUAGAAAAGAAAGGAGGAAAGCGCUGCGACGCUACAAGUCCGGGAUCAUCACCUAAGACCCAAGACAAUCCUCGAGUUACACGGCAUCACCCUAAAAAUCCGAGCAACGAUGUCUUCUACGAAAUACAAGAAGGAUAAGGAGAUCAUAGCGGACUAUGAGACCCAAGUGAAAGAGAUCCGUAACCAGCUGGUGGAGCAGUUCAAAUGCUUGGAGCAACAGUCUGAGUCUCGUAUCCAGCUGCUGCAGGACCUGCAGGAGUUCUUCCGCCGCAAAGCAGAGAUUGAACUGGAAUACUCCCGCAGCUUAGAUAAACUGGCCGAGAGGUUCUCCUCCAAGAUCCGCAGCUCCAGGGAACACCAACAGUUUAAAAAAGACCAGCACCUCCUGUCCUCAGUAAACUGCUGGUACCUGGUGCUGAACCAGACAAGGCGAGAGAGCCGUGACCAUGCCACCCUCAGCGACCUCUACACCAACAAUGUCAUCGCCCGCUUGGCCCAGAUCAGCGAGGACAUCAUCCGCCUGUUUAAGAAGAGCAAGGACAUUGGGAUCCAGAUGCACGAGGAGCUGGUGAAGGUGACAAAUGAACUGUACACUGUGAUGAAAACAUACCACAUGUACCACACUGAGAGCAUCAGUGCAGAGAGCAAGCUGAAGGAUGCUGAGAAGCAGGAGGAGAAGCAGUUCAGCAAGUCCGGAGAUCUCAACGUUAACCUGCUGCGCCACGAGGACCGCCAACCAAGACGUAGCUUCGUCAGGAAAAUUGAGAAGAUGAAAGAGAAGAGGCAAGCCAAGUACUCAGAGAAUAAGCUGAAAUGCACAAAAGCCCGGAAUGACUAUUUGUUGAACCUGGCAGCAACAAAUGCAGUUGUGGCAAAAUAUUACAUCCAUGACGUCUCUGAUAUGAUUGAUUGCUGUGACCUAGGCUACCACGCUAGCUUGGCGCGCACCCUCAGGACCUACUUAUCUGCCGAGUACAAUUUGGAGACAUCACGCCACGAGGGACUGGAUAUCAUAGAGAAUGCAGUGGACAACCUGGAUUCCCGCAGUGACAAGCACAAGAUCAUGGAUAUGCAUAACCAGGUGUUCUGCCCUCCAAUGCGCUUUGAGUACCUGCCACACAUGGGAGAUGAGGUGUGCCAGGUGAGCGCCCAGCAACCUGUCCAGACUGAACUCCUGAUGCGCUACCACCAACUGCAGUCUCGCCUAGCUACGCUAAAGAUUGAGAAUGAGGAGGUGAGAAAGACCUUGGAUGCCACCAUGCAAACGCUGCAGGACAUGCUGACGGUAGAGGACUUUGACGUGUCGGAUGCCUUCCAACACAGCCGCUCCACUGAAUCCAUUAAGUCUGUGGCCUCCGAGUCCUACAUGAGCAAGCUGAAUGUAGCCAAGAGGAGGGCGAACCAACAAGAGACUGAAAUGUUCUACUUUUCGAAAUUCAAGGAGUACCUGAAUGGCAGUAACCUCAUCAUUAAGCUGCAGGCCAAGCAUGACUUACUGAAGCAGACACUGGGUGAAGGGGAAAGGGCUGAGUGUGGAACUACAAGGCCCCCCACCCUUCCCCCUAAACCACAGAAAAUGCGGAAGCCUAGGCCACGCUCAGUGUAUAACCAUAAGCUGUUUAACGGCAAUAUGGAGACCUUCAUCAAGGAUUCAGGUCAACCAAUCCCACUUGUUGUUGAAAGCUGUAUCAGAUACAUCAAUCUAUACGGCUUGCAGCAGCAAGGCAUAUUUCGUGUGCCUGGAUCACAGGUGGAAGUCAAUGAUAUUAAAAACUCAUUUGAGAGAGGUGAAGAUCCCCUGAUUGACGACCAGAAUGAUCAUGAUAUCAACUCAGUGGCAGGGGUGCUGAAGCUGUACUUCAGAGGACUGGAGAACCCCCUCUUCCCAAAAGAGCGCUUCCUGGACUUCAUUUCUACCAUCAAGCUGGAGUCUGGAGCCGAGAGAGCGCAUCACAUCCAGCAGAUUACUGUGACUCUUUCUCGCACCGUCAUUAUCGUCAUGAGAUAUCUUUUUGCUUUUCUCAAUCAUCUCUCCCAGUACAGUGACGAGAACAUGAUGGAUCCAUACAAUUUGGCAAUCUGCUUUGGUCCAACCCUGAUGCCCAUCCCAGAUGGACAGGAUCCUGUAGCGUGCCAGGCACAUGUUAACGAGGUCAUCAAGACCAUUAUCAUCCACAAUGAACUCAUCUUUCCCAAUCAACGUGAGCUGGACGGCCCAGUGUAUGAAAAGUGCAUGACAGGGGGGGAGGAGUACUGUGACAGCCCACACAGUGAACCAGGAACUAUUGACGAGGCUGACAAUGGAACUGAACCACACACCAGUGAUGAAGAGGUCGAACAGAUCGAGGCCAUCGCUAAGUUUGACUAUGUAGGACGCACACCCAGGGAGCUGUCCUUCAAAAAGGGAGCCUCUUUGCUUCUGUAUCACAGAGCGUCUGAAGACUGGUGGGAGGGACGGCACAAUGGUGUGGAUGGCCUCAUCCCACAUCAGUACAUUGUAGUACAAGACCUGGAUGAUGCUUUCUCAGAUAACCUCAGUCAGAAAGCGGAUAGCGAAGCGAGCAGUGGACCGUUGCUGGAUGAUAAGGGUUCAUCCAAAAAUGAUGUCCCAUCACCAUGUGAACAAUCACCUGAUUACAACUUUGGAGGAGUCAUGGGGAGGGUGAGGCUACGGUCCGAUGGAGCUGCAAUCCCACAUCGUCGGAGUGGUAAAGACACCCACAGCCCAACCAGAGUGGCUGAUACUCCACCACGGGCUGCAGCUUGUCCCAGCAGUCCUCACAAGGUGUCCAUUAGCAAGGGUCGUAUGGAGAGCCCAGAAAAGAGACGCCUUGGCACCUUUGGCAGUGCUGGAAGCAUCAACUACCCAGACAGGAAGGCCUAUCCUGAGGGCCACCCUCUGAGACCGGUGCCGGGGGCCACUCGUCACAGCAGCCUUGGGGACCACAAAUCACUGGAGACUGAAGCGCUGGCUGAGGACAUAGACAAGACUAUGACUACAGCGCUCCAUGAGCUUCGUGAGCUGGAGCGACAGAACACCGUUAAGCAGGCUCCCGACGUGGUCUUGGACACCCUGGAGCCCAUGAAGAACCCAGUUAGCUCCGAGCCCGGCAGUCCUCUGCAUACCAUAAUGAUCCGUGACCCCGAUGCAGCCAUGCGCCGCAGCAGCAGCUCCACCUCUGAAAUGAUGACCACCUUUAAACCCGCUCUCUCUGCCCGGCUGGCUGGGGCUCAGCUACGCCCCCCACCCAUGAGGCCGGUACGACCUCCUCCCACCCAGCACCGCUCCAGCAGCUCCAGCUCUUCAGGGGUGGGCAGCCCUGCUGUAACUCCCACUGAGAAGAUGUUUCCAAGUAACAGUACAGCUGCUGGUUCUAAUAUUAAUACGUCUGGUGAUGCUGGAGAUAAGUCGGGUACCAUGUAGCAAAGGUGGAAUCUGUAGAAGGGGAAAGGGGGGAAAGCUAAUAGAAAUGAGUGAUGAUGUGUGAAAAGCAGCUAUUAAUAUUUUCCUCUCUGUUUUCUGCCUGACUUAAUUCAUAUAUUCAGGAAGCUCUUGAAGCGAGCCUACAAUAUGUUACCAUGGUGAUAAAGCGGUGGAAAGAGCUGUAGAGGUAUGAUAGUAUUAAUCUCAACUCUCUUUGAAACUUGAUAUAACUAAAGAAAAUAUGUAUAAGAAUACAUGUAUUUUAGUUUACCUCAGUUUCAACAACAAAAAUCUGUGGCCAUAUUCUCGUUUCAAAGAUGCAAUGAAUGCAAGUGAAGCAAUACUUGUGUGACAUUCAGUAUUAGUUACUUUCCACCCAGCACACAUUGUCCAGCUGACGUUUCAGUUACUCCUGUUGAUGUGUAUGAACCACCUCAUCUGGUCGGGUGUAAACAUGCAGGCUAAAAUAUCAUGUCUGGCUACCAUUUAGGUCGCAGGCCUUAUGGCUGUACAUACAAUAUUACUUGAAGUCGCGCCAUGCUUUCUGUUUGUACUUUAAUACAGUGGAUGUUCAGCAAAUUAACAACUUAGUGACAUUAUGUACUUCUGCAUGCGGGGUUUGGAGAAAAUACGGAAAAAAAACUUGCAUCAAUCAUUGAGAGAUUUGUAAUGUGGGAUUUUCUCAUAUGGUCAUUAUAAUCAUAAAAUAGUUGUUUGAAAAA